UUCGACGCCUUUCUUUUGGUCUCACUGUCAAUCCAAGCCAUGACAUUUUUUCAUUCCUCCAAGACGAGCAUGUUGACCUUCUUCAGUGGGGACCGCAAGCGCGUGACCAUUUGUCCAGGGAACAUUCCCAUUCUCACGGAAGUUGUGUCGGCCCCAUUGCUUGCCACCACGGAUGGUGACUCGAGCUUGUUGUCUGAUGUCGUGGACUCUCAAUCAACUCUGGGGGUUCCUUCUGUUGCUGGUAUCAAGCCCCAGAAGUGUCCCAGUCCAUCCAAAUUUCGACGCUCAAAGCUUCCUUCCGCGAUCCAACGCAAGAUUGAACACUUUCGACAACACACCGGCAGCCUCUACGGGCUCGCCCUCCUCGCUGGCGGCAACGUCCUCUUUAGCUUUAUGGCCGUUCUCAUCAAAUCGGCUGGAAAAUACUUGUCGUCGGAGGAGACUGUGUUUUGGCGAUCGACGGUCGCCCUCGUGUUGAAUGUGUCCAUUCAAUUGCGCUUGAAGAUCCCCCCGUUCACUGUAGCGCCAGAGUUUCGCAAGUUGCUUCUGUGUCGGGCGUUGGUUGGUUACGUAGCGAUGACGCUGUCUUUUUACGCGUACUCCACCAUGAUUUUGUCCGAAGCACAAGUGAUAAUAUGUUCGUCCCCAAUCGUCACGUUCAUUCUGAGCGUUUGCUUCCUUGGGGAAAUGCUGGAUCGAGUCGACUUUGCAUGCGUGUUGGUGUCGUUUGUGGGCGUGGUUUGUGUGGCGCGACCCGCGAGUCUCUUUGGAGAUGUUGCCACGUCAUCGCCAUUCGGAACGUCGUUCGUAUCGAUGCUUUGUGCCGUGUUGGCCGCGUGCUUGAUUGGAGUGAUCAACAUAUUGAUUCGAAAGCUCAGUGCGCUCAACACGUGGACCCUGGUCACGUACUUUUUGCUGGCGUGUAGUGUGCUUUCCGCGGCGAAAAUCACCCUCUUUGAGCAGGUGUGUACCAUCGUUUGUCAUUGCGAUGACUUUAUGAUACGUGUAGGGGCUCUCGAUCCCAACCAACGCCACACAUGUGCUGACGAUUCUUGGCAUUGGUGUGUUGGGUUGUGUGGGUCAAGUGAUGAUCACCAAAGGGUUUCAAGUCGAGAAGGCUGGCAUUGGUUCGGCCAUGAUGUAUGUCAACAUAGUGUGCGUCAUGAUAUGGGACGUGACGCUCUUGGGCGAAAGCCUACACGGAUGGAGUGUCUUUGGUGCUGCCAUUAUUUGCACGGGGGCGCUCACCAUCGCGUACCGCAAAUCCAAGAAGCCAUAGUACGAUAACCACUUCUAUCUAACACGUUACCACAAUCUUGCCUAACGUUAACUAGCA